AUGGAGUCGAAUAAUGCUCAAAAGUCGCAGAUGAUCCAUAAAGGAAUGAUUAUAGGUGUUGUUGGUGCCAUUAUUGCUUCCGUCCUUGCUUUAAUUGAAGUAGAUAAGUCUAGGACUAAAAGACCUAAAAUAAUUCGUAUGAGGCCUGGUGCUUUUUUUGGCUUGUGUAAUAUUUUAGUUGAAAGGGGACUUUUGUCGAAAAAUUUUAUAGGAGCUAUAGAUGGUACCCAUGUACGUGCAUCUGUUCCUAUUGAGAUGCAAGAUCGAUUUCGGGGAAGAAAGAAUAAGACUACACAGAAUGUACUAGCAGCAGCUGAUUAUGACCUGAAAUUCACUUUUGUACUUGCUGGUUGGGAGGGUUCUGCCCAUGAUUCAAGGGUUUUAAGUGAUGCACUUAAAAGGGGAUUUAAGGUUCCCGAAGGGAAGUAUUAUCUUGCCGACGCAGGGUAUGGUGAUCGUAAAGGAUUUAUGCCUCCAUAUAGGCGAGUGCGUUAUCAUUUGAAAGAGUAUACCAACAACCCUCCCGAAAAUGAACGAGAGUUGUUCAAUCUUCGGCACUCUUCACUAAGAAUGUGUAUAGAGAGGGCGUUUGGAGUUCUAAAGAAGCGAUUUCGUGUCUUAGAUGCUGAACCAUUUUGGUCAUUUACAACCCAAGUGGAUGUGGUUCUUGCUUGCUGUGUGAUACAUAAUUACCUUAGGGGCGUUGAUCCAAAUGACUCAAUUACAAGAGAGGCGGACUUAGAGAUUGCUGCAAACUUAGAUAUUGAUUCACAAGACAUCAGACCAUCACUUACUCGAAGGGAAGUGCGUGAAGAAAACAAAGAAUGUGCGAAAAAGCGAGAUGUCAUAGCUUUAGCCAUGUGGGAUGCAUGGUUCUCUGCUUCUACAGUUGUAUAUGUUGCAACUGUAGUGAAAGAAGAGAAGAAAGCUAACUUCCGUUGGUCAAAGCAAAUGUCUAAGGAGUUAUUGGGAUUUCUUGCGGAAGAAGUGAAAAAAGGAAACCGACCAAAUAACACUUUCAGAAUUAGUUCCUUUGUAACUGCUACAAAGUUAAUUUCAGAGAAGUUUCAGACUACUUGCAAUGCUGACCACAUUGAGAAUCACAUGAGGACACUGAGAACUGCUUGGGGAGCUAUAUCACAAGCACGGGGAAACUCCAGGUUUGGUUGGGAUGAUGAUAUAAAGAUGGUAACUGCGUCUCCUAGAACAUAUCUUGCUUAUGUUCAACAAUAUCCAUCGCAUGACAAAUAUUUGAACAAGAAAAUUGAUAUGUAUGAGGAGAUAGCAAUAGUGGCGGGUAAGGACAUGACACGAGGUAAUUUCUCAAAGACAUUCGGUGACAUUCAAAAUACUUCAAGUGGGCAGCCUAGUACUGAAAUUGAAUCUACCAAGGCAGACAGUGGAACUUCUUCUGAGCCGAGAUCUCAUAGGAAGAGGCCUCGAGUUGAAGAUGAAGGGGGUGAUUUGCAACAUAUGUCUACUCAACUAGGAGAAGUUGUUAGUGCUUUGAAAAAGUUUUCGGACAAUCAACUUGAUGUGGGGAAACUUUAUGAGGAAAUCAUGAAGAUGGAUGACUUUGAAGAAGCUAUCCGUGUUGCCGCUUUUGACCAUUUAGCUGAGCGUGAGAUGCUUGCUAAAGCUUUCUUGACCAAAAGUGAAUCUCUUCGCAAGCUUUGGCUUCAAAAAUAUGUUAAGACUCUACUCUAG